CACAAUAAGUCAUUAAAGACCAUGGCAGUGAUGGGUGCAAACAGCUACAUGAAAUAUAAUCAGAAUUCAACUAUGGUGCUAGCGCUCACCAUCUAUCAGCCAUCAGGGGGGAGACAUCAGCAUUUUAUUUGGGCUUUGGAGCAACAAGCCUCUUAUUAGGAGGAGCUACUUACAGAAGAUUCAACAGAUUCAAAUGUCACACAACUUUUUAUGAAAUAUGCGAUGCUGUGAGAGCUCUCGUGGAGCCAGCUGCACAAUGUUCGGAACAAAAAAAACCUAAAAAUAACUACAAACCAGAAAUAUCCAGCUGACCAUGACUCAUGUGAUGCUAGAAAAAGUCUAUCUAUCUAUCAGCAAAAUGUAUCUAUUUCGAUGCAGCUGAAAAAGCACAUCAUCCCAGUACAACAACUUAUCAAAAACAGAGUUUAUUCAAAAUUGGGAUAUUUCUAUAGAGCAAAUUUAUUUUUGAAAUUUCAAUUUGCACAAUUCUAUGGUUAAUGGAAACACAACUACUGAGGGACUUUCUUUCUGUCCUUUUCCUGACGCUUUUAUAGCAUCCUUUGUAACCUGAAUUCAACCUAUCUUUUACCUAAAGGAUAAAAAUGAACAUAUUAUCAAGGUUUCUAAAUGUAAGUGCUAGCAAAUCAUUAAAUACAUGAAAGAAAAUUGACCUUAAAAUUUUAGGCCAUGGACUACAAGUCUGGUAUGUCUUUGUUAAAGUGAUGAGUGAACGUCAGGACCAUCCAAAUUCUUACCAACCUACUUUUUAUGAUCAUCUGACACCGGCCAUGUCACCUGAGCCAAAGCGUGCUUUAAAGUGUUGCUCCAAAUGCUGGCAAUUUUUACAAAGUUUUAUCCUUUCUUUAUAGACCUUACAAGUUACAUGAAACCAAACCCAAGCAGAGAGGCACUGAGCCACAGUGUAAGCCCAAAUAUCAGCCCUAGCAACAGGAGACGAGUCGAUCUCCUUUUAACACGCAGACACAAACAAACUGGGACUGCUACAUGACUCCAGCGAUCGGGUUCAGCUCUCUGUAUUUUAAUGCUGGCUCAGGUAAAGGGGCUGCCUCUUCAUGCAGGUGUUUUAUGGUUGCUCCAGUUCCAGGUAUUUCAGUAACCAGAGUGGUUGAAGAACAAAAAAGUGGAGCAGAGAACUGAAACCAGCGCAGGCCUUUAAGAAGAAAAGGAACAGGCAGCAUGCUGCCUUUUGUUUGCUGAAGGAGGGAAGUUGAACUCUUCUGAGAUCUGGUUUCACCAUGAUGGUGCACCACUAUUUCUGCAUGCAAUCCAGAAAAUAUGGAGAAAGCACUUUGCUAAAGAACCUGAAAAAGGCCUACUGGAUAUGACAGCACUUGGUAGUUGGAGGGACAGAAAGAGAAAAGGUCAAAGAAAAAGAAACAGAAGACAGGAAAAUAAGAAACUCAAACAGUGAAGAAUGUGCUGCUGAUGUUCAAAUAUAUGUAGCCAUAAUGUUCAUGAAUUUUUGGCGCAUCCACAAGAGGCAAUGUGUGCGCCUGCUGACCACAGCCAUGGUGCUUUGUGUGCUGACGGUCUGCUGGGAGGAGCUGGAGCUUCAUGUUGUGAGCCACAUGAGAUCUUAUUCAUACCGUUACCUGAUCAACAGGUACAACUUCCUCAAUACCACUUCUAGCUCUGGCAGCGUGGGGAGUCACUCAGUGACCUAUCCAUACCUGAUCAACCACCCCAACAAAUGUAGAGCUGAAAAUGGCAAAGACUGGGAUGAUGUUCUUUUGCUUUUGUUCGUAAAAUCCUCCCCAAAGAACUUUGAGCGGCGCCAGGCCAUCAGGGAGACAUGGGGUAAUGAGAGCUUUGUCUGGUCAGAGCUGGGGGUGCGUGUGAGGCUUCUGUUUGUUAUGGGCGUUUAUUCAGGUGUUGCACAGAGGUUCCGCCUCCAACACGCUCUGCAGGAGGAAGACAAGACCUAUGGAGACCUGAUCCAGCAGGAUUUUAUCGACACGUUUCAUAACCUGACCACCAAACUGAUCAUGCAGUUCCACUGGAGUCACAUUUACUGCUCGCAAGCACGCUUUCUCAUGACAGCAGAUGAUGAUAUUUUUGUUCAUAUGCCAAACUUGGUGAGGUACUUGCAGCAUCUUCUGGUUAGCCAACCAGAUACAAAGAACCUUUGGGUGGGACAUGUUCACAAAGGAGCUCCUCCAGUUCGUUGGAAAGGCAGCAAAUAUUUUGUCCCAUAUGAUUUGUACCCCUGGCCUUCGUACCCAGACUACACAUCUGGAGCAGGGUACGUAGUUUCAGGGAACGUGGCUGCAAAGAUCUACCACGCCACUCUGGUGCUUAACUCCUCGCUGUACAUUGACGAUGUUUUCAUGGGAAUGUGUGCCAAAGCUAUGGGGGUGUCUCCCGUGCAGUAUGUAUACUUUUCAGGGGAAGGGAAGGCUCCAUACCACCCCUGUAUCUAUGAUCACAUGAUUACAUCACAUGGCCACUCCACAGAUGUGCGUUCACUGUGGCGAGCAGCCAUAGAUUUUCCAGCAUCCAACAGCUCCAGAGGAUUUCUGGGUAAUCUGUACUGCACAGCAAUUAGGGUAAUGCUACUGUGUCGGCCGUAUUACCAGAACACUUAUUCCUGUACUGCUGCUUUUACAUAAAUGAUCUAUGAGACACUGGUCAACAGUUGAUAUUACAAAAAACAAAAAUAGUGGUUCUUUGUGUUUGUAAUAAUGUUUGUGUUAACUGAGUUGUCUUCACGUUGUCUUGCAAUAAAGACCAAAGAUUUCCUGUGCAAGUGUGUCCUACUUUUGAGUGAUCAGAAACCUUAGCUUAUAUGUUGCCUAACUUAUUUGAACAGCUUGGAGCCCUUAAGGUGUAUUCAUGAGUACACUUCUCACAACUGUGAUUCACACGAGUUGGUGAUGAGUUUUAGCUCUGCAUAACCAACAAUAAUGUAUAACAUUAGUGUUGGGUAAAUUGUAUUAUUAGUAAUUAUUAAAUAUUCGUUGUAUCAUGUAGCCUUGUAGUUACAUUUAGAUAAUGUUUCUGUGUGUUAAAUAACUUUGAUUCCUUCCUGAGACUUUCCUGGGAAUAGAGGUGACAGCUACUCUCAGCAGCUGUUGCCUUGCAGGACUUCCUACAAGACAGAGGUG